UUUGUUAAAAUGAAAAUAUAUGAAUAGAGUUACAGCAAUAGCCACUAUCGAUUGUAUCGAUUUUAGCGGUUUUACUGUAGCCACUUGUUGUUGUUGUUGUUGUUCAUCAUGUGUAUAUUCUCAUGUGUCACACAUUAUAUAUUGUAGCAGGUUUUCGAAAAUAGCCAAUAUAUAUUGGUUUUCAGUUUAUCGUUUUUAUUUCAAUAUUUCCAUAAUGGAAUAAUGAUAUUGAAAACAAUGUCAACAUUUCAACAUUUGUAGUGUUUUUUACUGAAUGCAAAUUAUUUUCUACAUACAUAAGAAGCAAAAUUUUUAACUGGUUUGCUGCAAACCAAAUAUCAUUGAUUCUUCUUGAUUAUAAAUAUGGAUUCAAUGAAGGAUAGCGAUGCGAUCGCCGAAGAUGAAUCAUGUUCUCUCAAAUUAUUCCAUUUGAAAAUGAUUGUGAAUCAACCGACAGACAAUUAAUUUCAAUCAAUCAUCAAACUUUCGAUUUACGUGAUAAACGUUUUGGUAUUUUGAAUCCAAGACAAACAAAACGAUUGAAGAAAAUCCUUAAAAAAGAAAUGUCUUUGAUCGUCGAUUUUGAUUCCGAAACAUCUUUUGACAAAAAAAUAACGAAUUAUUGCGCCUAUCCAUUGCAUAUUUUUUUACAAAUAAUUGGACAACGUUUGACUGAAAACAAUAUUACUUAUCGUGAUAUACGUCUUAAUGGCGGUGCAGCGUCAUAUGUUUUAAAUAAUAGAAACAAAACCAUUUACAAUGAUAUUGAUAUCAUUUUCAAUGUAAAUCUUCAAAAUGAAUCGUAUUUUGAGUCGAUUCGUAAAAGUAUUUUUAAACUUUUAUUGGACAUUUGUGCACCAAACAUUUUAGAGCCUGAUAUUCGUCUUAUAAGAGAACAAGUAUUAACCAAAAUGGUUAAAAUUUCCGACAAUGAUACACGUUGGUCAUUAUUCAGCAUCAAGAACUUUAAAGGAUGUACUAUUGAAAUCAAAUUUGUUGAUAAAAUUCGUCGACAAUAUGAAUUUAGUGUCGAUUCUUUUCAAAUUAUAUUGGAUAAUGUUUUAGAUGAUCCAUGUAUUGCUGACACAAUUAUCUGCGAAAGCGUUUUUGGUGACUAUCACGAAGCUAUAUAUCAUCUUAAUAACAAGUUUAUUGUUACGAAUUCUCCUGAAAAAAUUCGUGGCGGUGGUUUAUUCAAAUAUUGUUUCCUUUUAGUUCGUGAUUUUAAGCCUCUGUGUCAUGAAACGAUGAAAAAAUUAGAACCUUAUAUGGUAUCACGAUUUUUUAUUGAUUUCACUUAUUUCGAAUGUCAACGUGACAAAUUAUGUAAUUAUUUGCUCACUCAUUUUGGAAACGAUACCAUGUCGAAAUAUCAUUUUUUGACGAUUUUCUGUUCGGUUUUGAAACGGUCAUUGAAAAAAAAUUUUAAUCAAAAAAAGAUAAUAAAAAAAUACAUGGAAAUUACGACUAUUUGCUUUUGCACUUUACUUCGAGAAUUUAUUGAUAAUCAUCAAUUUUUCGAUCAACAUUUAACAAAUGAAAAACCUGUUAAUGGAUACGAUUCUGUUAAUCAGUGUCUUAACAAAGAGCUUGUGGUUUCAAAUCAAACUACUCGUCCGAUUCUCGUUACAUUUGUUUUCGAUAACAUACAACCAAACAUAUCAAAGCUGAAACGGCAACAAAAUCUCAUAAAUUUUAUCAAAUGUCAUGAUAAUAUUUAUCCAAAAUUCGGUGGAUAUUCAUUUGCACUUUUGCCAGCCAAAAUAUUCCAUUCAAUCAAUGCAAACAAUCUACAUUCAAAACAUGAACAUUUAAAUCAUUACAUAAUAUCGUAUAGUACAUUGUAUAAAAUGGAUCAUAUGUUUUAUAAAUUGAAUAAUGAAAACAUUUAUCAACAUGAAAUAGAAUGUAAUUCCAAUCUAUUUAUUGAUCAAUGUUCUUCAUUCAAUUCGAUACAAAAUUUCAUUUAUGAAUAUCAAUCCAAUGAAAUAUUGACAAAACGUUUGCCAGAUUCAUUGUUUCCUGUGGAUUUUUCCUAUUCAAACAUUACUAUUGAUAAAUUUUCACAAAUUCCAUUCUCACCACCGAAAAAUUAUCGCUUAUGUAUUUUGAAUAAAACGCCAAUAAUAUACAAUGAAUCAAUUGAAUCUGGUAUUAUGAAUAAGUCUAUGAUAGUCAAUAACAUCAUCAAAUCAUUAUCAUCAUCAUCAUCAUCAUCAUCAUCACAACAUUCAUCAUGUGGUUCUAAUGUGAUUUUACAUUAUGAUCAUUCGGAAGAAACAAAAAUUUCAUCAUAUCAAAAGCGGCCAUUAUUGUCAAUCAAUUCAUGGCAACAAUCAAUUACGAUUCCAUGUGAUGCAAUUAAUUCUUCAUAUCCAUAUCAAAAUGUUUGGAAUGAAUACCAAAUCUAUUCAUCACCAUUAUCAAAUCAACAACAAUUAAUUUCGAAUACAUUGUAUGAGCCAUCUUCAUACUAUGCUUAUUAUCAAUGAACAAAAAGUCAACUCUUUAUAUGAGUAUUUCAUUAUUAAUCAUUUUUUUCAUCAUCAAUCUUUAUU